AUGGGUCGCAAUCGAGGGCUCUCCUUUCAUGAUGUGGAUCCUCAUGAGACAAGUGGAAUCUUGGACGAAAUAUUGAAGGAAUCAAAUGCUUACAUGGGUGGAGCUUCGAUGGGAAAAGGUCUGAAGAAGGCAGCUCAGCAUUACUUGGACCAACGUUUUGCAAAAGUUUCAUCGACAAAUCCCAUGAAAAGCAUUCUUGAGCUUCCAGGAGCUGGACUUCUUUCAGCGGAUUGCAAUUCUAAUCCAAAUGAAGAGCCUUUUUACAUUAUGGAUAUCGGUGUUUUGGUAUCUCAAGUUUAUCAAUGGCGCCGAUUCUUUCCUCGUGUCGAGCCAUUUUAUGCAGUCAAGUGCAAUCCUGAUCCGGUCAUUUUAAAGACACUGGCCAUUCUAGGUUGCAACUUUGAUUGUGCCUCUCGCUCCGAGAUUAGACUGGUGGAGCAAGCAUCGAGAGACUUGUCCCGAAAACCAGAAAUUGUGUAUGCCAACCCUUGUAAGGCCAAGGUUCAUUUGAUUGAAGCCGUGUGCAAAGGAUUUCGCAUGGUCACAUUUGACAAUGCUACCGAGAUUCAAAAGUGUGCUUCGAUCAGCAAGCAUAUCCAGCUGAUAUUGCGCAUCGCCACUGAUGAUCGGGGCAGCCGGUGCCGCUUCAGCACCAAAUUUGGCGCUCCAAGGUACAAGUGGAAGCCCCUUCUUGCUGCGGCAAAGAAAUAUGGAUUGUCAGUUGUCGGCGUUUCAUUCCAUGUCGGAUCGGGAUGCCGUGAUGCAUCAAAAUAUGAACUGGCAUUGAAGGAUUCCAAGGAAAUCUUUGACAUGGCAGAGAAGGAGUUUGGAAUGAAAAUGACAAUUCUCGAUAUCGGAGGUGGGUUCCCAGGUGAAACACACAGUUUGUGGAAUCCAGCUGCAGAAAUUGACCAUCGGAAUAUCCAAGAAGAAAAGGAAGGAAUCGAAGCGGACGGCAAGGAAGAUGAGGACGAGAAUCACUUUAUGUUCUUCACAGAAAUUGCAGCCGAGGUGGCCCCAGCCAUUGAUCGGUAUUUCCCGGAAUCAUCUGGUGUACGUUUAAUUGCUGAACCAGGGCGGUACUUUGCGGCUGCCGCGGCCACACUGUGCUGCUCUGUGGUCUCUGCUCGUUCCAGUGUGUUUGACGCAUCGUUUGAAGACUCCCCUGUGAAUGAUCAGAAAGCGGCUGCUGCGAUGCACGAUAUGACUCGACAGGAUGAAGUUGAUGUUGUGCACCGCAGAGUCAGGUCGAAAGAACAAUCCGAUGCCAUGAGCGAUGCUGCAUUUUCCCACAUUCAAGAUGAGUUGGCAGAUUAUUCGAAACUCUAUGCCACACAACAAUUGGCGCAGCAAGAGUUUGAUGUAUACAAUGACAAAUUGAAUCUAUACGAAGAAGGUUUUGAGACUGCUGUCGAUCUGUUGGGGCCACCAGAACCGCAUCAACUCACGACACAAUUGCAUACUGUGGAAGGUAUGAACUAUCCAUUGGUAGCAGCCAGUGCCGACUUGGAAAAUGGAGACCCUGAUAAGAGCGCCAUGAUAUCAUUGGUUGCGGCUGGAGAGGCAGCAGUCAAGGGUAUGAUGCUUCAAGCAGUGGUCGAUACUUCUGAACUUCAGGACGACUACGCCUACUACGUUAAUGAUGGUGUUUACGGUGCCUUCAACAACCUCAUGUUUGACCACGCCAGUGUUCGGCCCCGUGUGCUUCGGGUUGAUCCAAAUUGUGACAACAACAAGAUGGAUGCUCAUGGUGACACUUCGUCGGACGAUGAGAAAACUGUCACGGGGGAGCUAUUUGCUUCAACAGUCUUUGGUCCCACUUGCGAUUCUAUUGAUGUGAUUGCUCGAUCAGCCCUGUUGCCCAAACUAGAAGUUGGUGAUUGGAUGUACUUUCAGAACAUGGGUGCCUACACCAUGGCAGCUGCCAGUUCGUUCAAUGGCUUUGAUCCCAGUGAGGUUUUCUAUGUAUGUAGUGUCCAACCAGAAUACUUUGAUAGUAUUAUCAAGGAAAUUUCGCGUGACAAAGGCGAUGAAGCUGGUGAAGAGAAGAAGGGUUUCAGGUGA